AUGUUUACCAUCUUGACAGCAAACGGAUCAUAUGUGCGCAGCCCAGUGGAGGAUAUAUGGAAUCCAUGGGUACCAAGCAACUGGAGUGUGACACAAGGCCCAAGGGCGACUACCUACCAGGGCGAUUCCAAUGAGGCGAUCAACCUGAGAACCAAUCAAAAUACGGCCGUGAUUCCAUGCCAGUCUACUCUAGAAGACGUCUUCUACACGCGCCUAUUCGCCGUCUGUGAUGCUCUCACAUUGAUGCCGAACGAGGGCUUGUCAUGGACGGACUUGAAGGCAGAGUUGAUGAAGCUGGACCAUCAAGUCCCUGCGGAUACGGCGUUGGAGGGAGCCUAUGAUGUUGUAAAGUUAGCUGGCAUACUUGAGCUCGAGGGCGAGGCUACCUCCAUGGCGUAUCCGAAGGGGGUAGAGGCGCCAGACACUUGCGCACGGAUCAAAGACUGUGUUAAUGAAGCGGAGGCCAUUCCGAUCGCUAUGAAUGACGAUUUCACGUGGAGGGACGACGAGAUCGUGGAAACAUCCACGACUAUCGAAGAGGCAGAAUCCGCGAUCGGAGGCCCUCUACGCAGGGCAGCCGUAGACUUCGAGAGGCAGAUGGGUCACCGGCGGACAGACUCUGGGAGCACCCAGAGCUCAGCCAGUAUCGAGACACUACCCGAUGGGUACUAUGGAGCGGCAAGCCUUCGCGCGAGAGCCUGGGCCAACGUCGUGAGCACCCUGGGUCGGCGGAGGAAGCUGGUACCUGUCAGCCACGAAGCGUAG